AUGGAGCAGCAUUUCACCGUCACUUUCCCGCCCGGAUCCUACUACCAGCACCACCGCUACGCCGCCGCCGCCGCCGCCGCACCGUCGUCUAACUACGACAUGAGCGACAUGGACGACAUGACCUUCCUCGGCACCCUCUUGGAGUCCACGGGUCAUGCCUCCUGCUCUGGCCCCUCUCUCUCUUCGAGCUCGUCCUGCUCCGACAUGACGGGCAUGGGGCCUGGCGCACCACAUGUGCCCGCGGGCAGCAGCUCGCCGAAGCGCCGUGGUCACCAAGCCACCGCGGCCGUGCCCAUUGCCAAAGACUUCAUCGGGGUGCGCACGCGCCCGUGGGGCAAGUUCGCCGCCGAGAUCCGGGACUCGACGCGGAACGGCGCCCGCGUGUGGCUCGGCACCUUCGGCAGCCCCGAGGCGGCCGCCAUGGCCUACGACCAGGCCGCCUUCUCCGCGCGCGGCGACGCCGCCGUGCUCAACUUCCCCGUCGAGCGCGUCCGGGAGUCGCUCCGCGCGCUCGCGCUCGGCGCCGUCGUGGGCUCGCCCGUGCUCGCGCUCAAGCGCCGCCACCGCACGCGCAGGCGGUCGCCCAACAAGAGGCCCGUGAAGCAGCAGCGCCGGGUUGCGGCCGUGCAGGAGGCAGCGCUGUCUGCGACGACCGGCGCGGUGGUGCUGGAGGACCUCGGCGUCGAGUACCUGGAGGAGCUCCUCCGGGUGUCCGAGCCGCACAUGGGUCAUCUCCACACAACGGCGACGGCGUCGUCCUGA